AUGAUUAACAACAAUGAUGUUCACUGUUGGAUCCCCUCAUCUACCACUGAUUCCUCACUCCUCUCCAUCGGGAGCCUGGAGGGAGAUGUUGUGUCGUUCGAGGAUAAAUUCAAAGCCAACCUGGAGCGAGGGAACGCAGAACUGGAGAAAAGACGUCAGACGCUGCUGGAGGCGGAGAGGAGGGAGAGGGAGCGUCGUGCUCAGAAGGAGAGAGAGGAGCAAGAGAUGAGAGAGAGGGAGGCUCAGGAGGCUGAGGAGAGGAGGAGGAAAGAGGAGGAGAGGAGGCUGGAGAGGCAAAGGGAGCUGGAGAGGCAGAAAGAGGAAGAGCGACAGAGAGAGAUCGAAAGAAAGGAGGCUGCACAGCGGGAGCUCGAGCGCCAGAGGAAGGAGGAGUGGGAGAGGAGGCAGAGAGGAGAGCUCAAGAUAAAGAAGGAGCAGGAGAGGGACGAUAUCAACAGACUGAGAGCUAAGAAAAAGAGUCUUGAGAUGGAGCUGGAGGCUGUGGGCAACAAACAUCGUCAGAUCUCAGACCGGCUGCGUGACUUUCACAACAAAAAGAAGCUUCAGAAGACGGAGCUGGAUCUGACCAAUCAGAGGAAAGAGACACGCCAGCAGGACAUUAGCAUGCUGCAGAAAGAGUUGGAGGAGUUCCAGAGGAAGUUGUCCCAGCUGAAUCCAGAGCAGAGGAGACUGACUGAGAAACUCAGAAACAUGUCCUUGAACAACCUGCCUGCGUCGACCGUAUCAGUGCUGACUGGGGGUGUUAUGGAGAAAAAAGGGAUGUGUUUGAAAAUGCGAGAGCAGCUUGGAGUUCUGGAGAAAGAGACGGCUGCCAAACUGUCUGAGAUGGAUCAGUACAACAAAGAUAUGCAGGAACUGAGAGACAGCCAGAGAAAACAGCAGGCAGCACUUGAGAAGCUACGGAGCGUCAAAGAGGACAAACGGCGUGAACUGAGUCGAAGGAAGGAAGAGGAGGAGGCGAGGAAGAGGAGAGAAGAAGAGAAUAAACAACAGGAGGAGGAAAGAAGGCAGAGGGAGGAGGAGGAAGCUCAGAGGCGAAUUAAGGUGGAAAAAGAGCGCCAAUGGCAGGAGAAGCUGAAGAAGGACGAAGAGGAGCGUCAGAGGGGGAUUCAGGAGGAGAAGGAGGCCAAACAGAGGGAGGAGGAGCAGAGAGAGAGACAGGCCAUCAUCCAGGCCGCCAAGGAGCAGGCCGAACGAGAGCUCAGAGCAAAGGAAGAGGCCGAAAGAAAGAGACGAGAGGUGGAGGAGAGGAGGAAGAGAGAGGAAGAGGAGCGGAUUAAGCAAUCGGAAAGAAGGAGGCAGGACGAGGAGAGGAGGAAGCUAGAGGAGGAGAGGAGGCUGUUAGAGGAAGAAAGGAGGAAACUGGAGGAGGAGAAGAGGCAAGAGGAGAAAAGACGUAAAGAAGAGGAGGAGCGACGCCAGAGGGAGGAAGAGAGGAAGCGCUUAGAUGAGGAGAGGAGAGAGGAGGAUAGGAGACGAGAGAAGGAUGAAGAGGAGAGGAGGAGACAGAGAGCUGCUGUGGCCGCCGUCCGAGAUGCUGAGGAGAGCAGGAAGAGAGAGGACGAGGAGAGGAGGAAGAGAGAGGACGAGGAGAGGAGGAAGAGAGAGGACGACAGGAGGAGGCUUCAGCAGCAAGAGGAGGAAAGGAGGAAGCGAAGAGGAAGGAGGAGGUGUCUCGUCAGCAGCAAGCGAGCGGAGGAGGAGGAAACUGACAUUCAGGAGAAACUGACGGCUCUGCUGAGAGGACUGGAGGAGAGGAAGGGAGGACAGCCCAGAGCCACACAUCACAGGAAGUCAGCGGCGCUAACAUCCUUCAAAGCUCUGUACCCGUUCACUGCCCGAAACAACGAAGAGCUUAACUUCAAUUCGGAAGAUAUCAUCGAGGUGGAUGAGACAACGGAGCGGGAGGAGGGCUGGCUGUUCGGCAGCAGACAGGGGAAGAUGGGCUGGUUCCCAGAGAGCUACGUGGAGAGGGCGUCCCCAUCGGACGCAGCUAACAACGUGGCGGCUGCGGCCCCUGCCCCUAAAUUGGCGCUCCAGUCUCAACUCUCCAAUGCGCUAGAGGCUGUCAAGGCAGCGGGAACAAAGUCUGCCUUCACACCAACACACUCACCGAACCCUGCGCCCUCUGACACACAAGGACAGCUGGUGGUGGGGAACCUGCUGGCCCAGGCUCUGUGUUCGUGGACAGCAAAGACAGAAAGCCAUCUGAACUUCAACAAGGACGAUGUGAUCCAGGUGUUGGAGCAGCAGGAGAACUGGUGGCUGGGAGAGCUGAACAGUGAGCGGGGCUGGUUCCCUAAAUCAUACGUGACCCUGCUGGGAGAAGAAGAGAGCUCAGAGCCUAAACUGCUGCACCAGUCCUGCUACCCUUCUGAGGUCAUGAGACAGGAAGAAAAGAUCCGUCUCUUACUGGUGGGUCCAUAUGAUGUCACUCUGACCCUGAUCGCCUACUGGCAGAUCCAGAUGACAUCAGAAGAGGUUUUCCAAAAGCCUAUGUUAGAGUCAGGCAGGCUGAAUGAGGCUGAGAUGGCCAUGAUCUUCGUCAACUGGAAAGAACUGCUGGCCUGCAACACUAAACUUCUCAAGGCGCUGCGUGUGCGUAAGAAGACUGGCGGGGACAACAUGCCGGUGCAGAUGAUCGGAGACAUCCUGGCCGCGGAGCUGUCCCACAUGCAGCCCUACAUCCGCUUCUGCUCCUGCCAGAUCAACGGAGCAACGCUGCUGCAGACACGCAUCGACAGCGAGCCGAACUUCAAGGACUUCCUCAAGAAAAUUGCCACAGACUACAGGUGUAAAGGCAUGCCGCUGUCCAGCUUCCUGCUGAAACCCAUGCAGAGGAUCACACGCUACCCACUGCACAUCAAAAACAUCCUGGAGAGCACCACAGAGUGCCACUCUGACCGAGGACCUCUCAAAGAGGCUCUGGAGAGGGCGGAGGAGCUCUGUCAACAGGUAAAUGAGGGCGUGAGAGAAAAGGAAAACUCGGACAGACUGGAAUGGAUUCAGAACCACGUACAGUGUGACGGUGCUGCAGAGAACCUCGUCUUUAACUCGCUCACUAACUGUUUGGGCCCCAGGAAACUGCUCCACAGCGGCAAGAUGAACAAGGUGAAGAGCAACAAGGAACUUUGGGCUUUCCUCUUUAACGACUUUCUGCUUUUGACUCACGCGGCUAAGCAGUUCACAUCGUCUGGGCCGGAUAAACUGUUCAGCAACAAGAACAACGUACAGCUCAAGAUGUACAAGCCGCCUGUGCUGCUAAAUGAAGUUCUGGUGAAGCUGCCGGACCCCUCCAGCGACGAGCCCACCUUCCACAUCUCACACAUCGACAAAGUCUAUAUACUCAGGACGGACAAUAUCAAUGAACGGUAG